AUGCCGCACCGCGGCAAUGACGACGAUCUCGCCGCGCCGCUGCUUCCCAACGCGCCGUCAUCGCCGUCCGCAUCACACGCGAUUAGCGCGCUGACCGCGGGGCGAAAUGCCGCGUCGCCGUCCGCAGAGCACAUCACUGUUGCCGUCGUGCCGCCGCGCGCCGUCUAUUCCACGCCCUUCGUGCAGGCCGGCGUCGUCGGCGGAGUCUCAAGUGCGGAUGCCGGCGGGAAUGGCGGAUCCGGCGCGGGCGUGGUGAGUGAAGCGGCGGGAGGCAGGGAGGGGGGGAUUGCCGAGGCCGAAUCAGGAACGCCGAAAGGCCCUGUGCGAAAAAAACUCUGGCGAAUUGCGGACGACGACAGCGACAGCGAUGGCGAGCACGGCCAUGUGGGCGACGCGACCCCCGCGAGCGCGGGGAAAGAAACGGAUGGGGCGAUUCCCGAGGGCGGGCAGCAUGCGGGUACUAGCCGCCGCGGCAGCAGCAGCCGGGGGCGCGCGAGCACGGAAGGGCGCGCCGUGCGGGACGCGGGUGGUGGGGAGGGGGUGGGCGGCGAACAGAAGGACGCGGGUGGGGAGGGCAGUAGGCGGGCGACGGGCGAGGUGGGGGGAAUGGGAGGGGUGGGGAGGUUGGGGGAGGUGGGGGAGAGCAACAGCGCGCGGGAGAGACGGUGGCAGGCGCUGCUGCGGUAG